AUGGAUGCCGAAGUGUGUAAAAGGUUCGAGAAUGUAAGGGAAUGGCUUCCCGAUAAAUUGAUUGGAGGAAAAUAUAAAUUUAAUGAUAAUAAGUCUUUAAAUAAUAAGUGUAAUAAUGAUAAUUUUUCAAAUAAUUAUUGUAAUAAUAAUGAUUUUCAAAGUGAUUUGAAUAGAAUAAGUGCUGGAUGUUUAUAUUUGUUGGAUGAAUUCAUUAAGGAUUGUGGUGUGAAUCCCUCUCCUGUAAAAAAUAUCAUCAAUAUUGUUGAUUACAUUUUGAUAUGGUUAAGUUAUAUGUUAAACCUGGACAAAAGUGAAGAAAAAGACAAUAUAAAUGAUUUUUAUAUUACAUACAUAUAUAAUUGUGAUAAGUAUAACAAGAAAAUAUAUGAAUUAACUGAUUAUAAGGAUUAUAAGGAUCUUUUAGAUAAAAAAAAUUAUGUGUUGAAUAUGGAUAGUAAUGAUGUACCUAAAUUUUAUAAAGCAUUUAAAUCGUUAUGUGAACUGUAUACUGAAUUUGAUAAAAACAAGUCAAAUUGCACAAAUUGUUCGGAAAAAGCUGAAGAAUUUGUUAAAACAUAUAAAGAACUUUACGAGGAUCAUAGUAGCAAUAAAGACAGUUCAAAUAGUAAAGUAUUGUGUACUUUAUCAAAUGAUUAUGAUAAUUUUAAAAAGAAAUAUGAUGAAUCUGAAUAUUCUAAAUCUUCACCCCUUCCAACGAUAGAAACAGAAAAAAUUUCUGAAAUAUGUUCUGAACAAACUUCUAAAAAAACUCAUGCAACAGGUUAUGAAGAAUUUUCUGAGGUUACAUUAUCAGAAUCAUCACUAGUAAGUAAAUUAUUUAUAGUUUUAUCGAUAUUUGGUGCAAUAGCAAUUUUUUUAGGAAUUUCUUAUAAGUAUUCGUUAUUUGGAUUUCGGAAACGAUUUCAAAAACAAAAAUUAAGAGAAAAGCUAAAAAAUGUAAAGAAGAGAAUGAAUCAUUAA